UUAUUGAUACAUUAGCUUGUUUAGGAAUUUAUUCUUUUAAUACUGAAAUUUUCUAUUGAUGUUUAUAAAACGACAUAAGUUUAAUUAUAAUUUUUGAGUUUGAUACACGACUUCAUUGAAUAAAACAAUUUUGAUUUUAUGAUAUAUUUUUAGAAUUGUUCUUAUUAGUUUGGGUUUUCAAGAUUAUAUGUAAUGCUUUAAUUGUAGAUUACAUAUAUUUGUUUUUAUAAAUUAAUAAACUUUCUCAUUAACAAACUUUUAUGUUAAUGGGAUGCCAGUUGUAACUUUAAUCUGAUGUGCAAUACAGUCAUCCACGUUGCCCUGCCAAGACUAUUGCAUUUAACUAUUUAGCCCGUGAGACUGUGCUGGCUUGGAGUGGUCAACUUGCACUUGACUGUUCGUGGAGUACUUGGUGUUAUACAGUUUUAGAGGGAAUGUGGGGCUUGCCCCCACCUGGGCGCUGAGGUGCGAGCAUGACUACAUGUGAAGCAUGUAGAAUAGGCAGUAUAGUGAUACGUGUUAAAAACUGACCUUUGGAGGCAAAUAUCUUGCAAAGGGUCAAUUCUGGGAAUGGUGCGAAACCUCUCGUUAGGAGCUUGAAUCUUACCCGAUGCUGUACAUAUCAGCUGGUGUCUCAACAGAAAAGUACCAUGUUUACUCUAAGCUGCAUACAUAUUGCAGUAAAUAUUUUAAUUCAACUACAACUGAAGAUUCUAAUAUUCAUUCACAAACUGCUACUAAUGAAAAAGAUGAAGAUGAUAUUAAAAUUUCAAUUCUUGAUGCUGGAUUAGAAUUUGUUUCACAACAUGGUUGGAGUAGAGAUGCUUUAGCUGCAGGUGCUGAGAAAAUUGGCUAUCCUGGUAUUGCUCAUGGAAUGUUUCCAAAUGGUGGAGCAGAACUUGUUCAUCAUUUUUAUUACACUAGUAAUCGUGCAUUGGAGUCUAAAUUGAAAACCUCAGAUCUCAGAAACAAAAUUAGUCAAAAUCAAGAACAAUUGUUUCUUAGAUAUGCAAUAGAAACAAAAUUGCGUAUGAUAAUUCCAUACAUAAAUAAAUGGCCACAGGCAAUGGCAAUAAUGAUGAUGCCUCAAAAUGCUCCAACUGCUUUGAGUAACUUAAUGGAUCUAGUAGAUACAAUUUGGUUUUAUGCAGGUGAUAAAUCAUUUAAUCUUUCUUGGUAUGGAAAAAGAAUUGGUCUUGCCACUAUGUACAAGAUUACAGAACUUUGCUUAAUUCAGGAUUCUAGUGAAGAUUAUAGAACAACUUGGUUGUUCUUAGAUAGACGAAUGAUGGAAUUUAUUAAUAUGAAGAGCUUUACCUACCAGUUGCAAGAAAAUAAAGAAUUAUUAUCAGAUCUCUUUUUAGGGAGUAUGCUUACUGUUCGUAAUGUUCUUGGUUUAAGAAGAAUGGCCAAAUAAAUGUGAUAUGUGUAAUUUAUUAGGUUUGGUUCAUUGUAAAUGUUUUAGU